AUGGCUUCUUUCAUCUCGCGCACUCUGCGCCCAGCAGCCGCCCGCCGCUUCCUCGCCAUGCCCGUUCGGCCCCUCUCCACAACAGCACUGCUGCGAUCCGACAACGUCUCUUCAGAGUUCGAGGUCGGCGAGCUUCAGGGCGCCAAAUUCAGGGUUGAGCCUCUGCGUCGAGUCGGCGAGGAUGACAACACCAAACGAGCUCGUCUUGUCUACCAAUCCCGAAAGCGCGGAACUCUCGAAUCCGAUCUUCUGCUUUCCACUUUCGCAGCUGCUCACCUCCCCACGCUGUCCCCCGAGCUUCUCGACCAGUACGACCGUUUCCUCGACGAAAACGAUUGGGAUAUUUACUACUGGGCCACGCAGAAGGAGGAGCUCUCAUCCACGAACCCUUCGUCUUCCGACUCGCCAUCUACCACCAACAUUGAUGCGAAGCCCGAGAGCGACCAGAUCACACGUCAGCCUCCCUCGGGAGAGUGGGCGCAGACGGUGGGCAACUUCAAGCCCGCCUACAGGCCUGUGCCCGCACGCUGGAGGAACAGUGAGAUCCUAGAUAAGUUGAGGGCUCACGUGCGAAGCCGAAGCGUAGAUGGUGGUGAGGGUGGUGGUAUGGGUUUCAUGCCUCCUCUUGAGCCCGCCGGCAUCAACAACUAA